AUGAGCAAGUACGUGGCCCCCACUGGGAAGGUAGCGCCAGCCACCCCUGCUGCGGACAGCGGUGUUGCUGAUAUUACGAAGGUGAAGAUUUGCUCUGGGCACACGCGCCCGGUAUGCCACAUUAACUACAGUGAGAUCAUCGAUGGCACCUUCUGGUUUGUGACGUCGUGCCACGACGCAAAACCGAUGCUUCGCAAUGGUCAGACCGGUGAUUGGGUAGGAACGUUUGAGGGGCACAAGGGUGCCGUGUUCUGCUCCGCCUUCAACGCUGGUGCGACGCGGCUGGUUACAGGUAGCGGUGACUACUCUGCGAUGGUCUGGGACGCCUUGACUGGCAAGAAGCUUCAUGUGUGGAGCCACCCAAAGUACAUCAAGUCGUGCGACUGGAUGGACCAGCGGAUCGCUACAGGCUGCUUCGAUGGUAACAUCCGAAUCUACGACGCUACGCGGUAUGACGCUGACCCACUGUCGUUUGGCAGCCCUGAUGCCAUUAACGUCAAGUCGACGUAUUUUUUGGACACAAACACCAUGGUGACAGCGUGUGAAAAUGUUAUAAUGAAGUGGGAUCUCCGUGACACAUCCGGACCCUACCUGCGCCGUGAGAUUCCUGGUCUCAACUUUGUCGAGUACACGCACCGCCACUCUAUUGUCGCCGCUCAUGAGAAGAGCAUCAGUUUCAUCGACACCACGUCCUUGGAGGUGAAGAGCAGUUUUACCACCGCAGAGGAUGUCGAGUGCGCGUCUCUUUCCCCAGACGGCCAGCGCGUCGCAGCCGGAUCGAAGCUGAAAGCGAAGGAGUUCACGCUGGAUGGAGCGGAGGUGGAGUCCAACCGUGGUCACCACGGACCCGUGUUCCACAUUCGCUGGGCCUCAGAUGGGAACUCCUACGCCUCCGGCGCCGAGGACGGCAUGGUGCGCGUGUGGCCCUCACACGAGAUCAUUGAGAAAUACGACACGGAGGCCUAG